CCUGGUUGUCCCACGAGGAGUAUGUUAGCCUAAAUGAAUCCACCCCCCAGUCAUAUUAAUACUCACAUUCCUCGAGGCACAGGCCGAGGAGGUGGAGUAGCAGCUAUAUAUGAUUCGAGCGUUUUAAUGGACCCUAAACCUAAACUAAAUUAUAAUUCAUUUGAAAGCCUUGUUCUUAGUCUUUCUCACCCAAACUGGAAAACACUGCAGCCAGUUCUAUUUGUUAUAGUGUACCGCGCUCCUGGACCGUACUCUGAUUUUAUAUCUGAAUUUUCAGAGUUUCUAUCAAGCUUAGUCCUUAAAUCAGAUAAAGUAAUUAUUGUAGGUGAUUUUAAUAUUCAUGUGGAUGUUGACAAUGACAGCCUUAGUAAUGCAUUUAUGUCAUUAAUAGACUCAAUUGGCUUCUGUCAGAGUGUAAAUAAACCAACUCAUUGUUUUAAUCACACUCUUGACCUUGUUCUAUCAUAUGGCAUUGAUAUUGAACAUUUAAUAGUCUUCCCACAUAAUCCUUUCCUAUCUGACCAUUAUUUAGUAACUUUUGAAUUCAUACUAUUAGAUUAUAAGCCAUUAGGCAAAACUUCCUACAGCAGAUGUUUAUCUGACAGUGCUGUAGCUAAAUUUAAGGAGGAGAUUCCUUCAGUGUUUAAUUCAAUGCCAUGUCUGAAUUUAACAGAGUCCUAUAACAACUUUAGUCCCUCUGAAAUUGAUAAUCUUGUCGAUAGUGCUACAGGCUCACUACGAUCAACAUUAGACUCUAUCGCUCCUAUAAAAAGGAAAUUAUUAAAACAUAGGAGACUAGCACCUUGGUAUAACCACCAAACCCGCCAGUUAAAGCAAAUAGCUAGGAAAUCUGAAAGGAAAUGGCGCUCUUCCAAAUUAUCAGAAUAUCGCUCAAAUUGGCAAGAUGAUCUUAAGAUUUAUAGAAAGGCCCUCCGUAAUGCCAGAGGAGCCUAUUACUCAGCACUAAUAGAAGAAAAUAAGAACAACCCUAGGUUCCUCUUCAGCACUGUAGCCAGGCUGACAGAGAGUCACAGCUCUAUCGAGCCACAUAUCCCCAUAAACUUAAGUAGCAAUGACUUCAUGAGCUUCUUCUAUAAUAAAAUUAUUACUAUUAGAGAAAAAAUUAAUCACCAACUGCCAUCAACAGUUAUCAGUGGCUCUCCAAGUUCAGGGACUUCUGUCAAUGUAAACUUAGAUGUAUAUUUAGACUGUUUUUCUGCUAUCGAUCUUCAUCAGUUAACUUCAAUCAUUUCUUCAUCGAAGCCAUCAACCUGUCUGUUAGACCCGAUCCCAACUAGGCUGCUUAAAGAAGUUGUUCCCUUAAUUGGCACUUCUUUACUGGAUAUGAUUAAUCUUUCUUUAUUAUCAGGAUAUGUACCACAGUCCUUUAAAGUAGCUGUAAUUAAACCCCCUUCUUAAAAAGUCUACUCUUGACCCAGGGGUUUUAGCCAACUAUAGACCGAUUUCUAACCUCCCGUUC